AUGGCGAGACUCGACGUCGAGGCGGCGAAUGGGGCGCACGAGCGACCGUCGCUGUCUCUGUCGCGGCUCCCGCUCGACGUCCUGCAGCUCGUCCUCGCUUUUCUUCCCACCCCCGCCACGCUGCGGACGGCGGCGAGGCUCUCCUCCUCGUUCGCCGCCGUGACCCAGAGCGAGUCGCAUUGGCAGAACGUGUGGAUCGAGCGUGUUAGCGCGUGUUUUCACAGCUACCUCCAACCCGCGUCCUCCGCCUUGGCUGAAGCGGGGCGCGGCGGGGGCCGUGUGCUGCCGCUUGUGUCGGCCCCGAGCCGGGCGCUGCCGCGCCUCUCUCGACACGAGUGCGGCAGCGGCUUGAGGAUUGCGGAGUCGCAGGACGAGGUGGAGGGGCGCGUCACGCGUGUCGGGCUCUACGUGGGGCCGCUGCUCCUUCUCGUGGCGCCCCCGGUGGACGCCGCCGCCGCUGCGGGCGCGCGGCCAGCAAAAUCGGGAGGCCGCUCUCUGCAGCUGCGAAAGGCGCUGUUUUUUCUCGACGACGGCGUCGACGCGGCGGCGGGGGGGCGCCCCAUGAUCGACGGCCUUCACGUGAUUCGCUUCUUUCGGCUUGAGUUUGGCCUGCCGCCGCCGCACCGCCGCGAGGGGACGCCGUUGGAGCGGGAGGCCGCGCUUGGGGAGUUUCUGAGCGCCCUGGUGUAUGCGUGGGAGUGCUGCCACCCCUCGCUGCGGCCGGACAUCGCCACGAAGCAGGGUUUGCUUCCGCAGGCGGAGCUGCAGUCGACCUCGCUCUUCCUCGGCGGCGGCGGCGAAGACCUAAACGCGGGAGACGUGGACGGCGACCUCUCGGGCGUCUUUUUCCCCGUUGCGGCUCCCGCACCGUCGUCGUCGUCCGCGGCAGCCGCGUCGGGUGGCGUUUUAAUCGCCCCCGCUGCCGCCGGCGCGACGGGGUGCUGCCGGCUGCGCCACCCCCUUUGCGACACGCUGGUUUACCUCUUUCUGCUGCACCACGUCACCUUCUCCGACGUGCACCAGCACGCCUGGGACGACGAGCGGAAGUGUGCCAUCUGCAGCCGCGUGCUGAGUCCCACGGGUCGGGCGGUGGAGUUUCGCUUUUUUGCCUCCUCCCUCCGCGGCAGCUACCCGCGGUUCUUUAUGAAGAUGACGUUUGCCGAGGGCGACUUGCCCCGCACGUGCAUCCAGGAGAAGUUUGACCGCGAGAACAGCCGCAGUGCCGACUCCGCGGCGCCGCUCGCCACCUCGCCCGAGGCGGCGCCGGCGAUCGCCACCCUCUUCUACGGCGGCUUUGGCCGGGUGGAGGUGGACACCCCGCCCACCGUCUCGCGUGCGGGCUUCCUGCGGCUGCGGGACGCGCUCGGCCUCGCGCCCACCUUCCCCAUGCAGCUGCUUUGGAAUCUCGUGCUGCUGGCCACCGGCGUGGGUGGGGCGCUCCUGCGGAUGCAGGCGCAGUACUUCGCGCUCUACUACCAGACCUCCUUCACCGCGGCGUUUGACGAGUUGUUCCCGCCCGUCCCCCAGCAGACAUGA